AUGUCGUCGCGCACCUCAUGCAUUAAUACGACAUUGGCCGCUUCGCUGGCCUCGUCCUCCUCGACGCCAUCCGAACGCAAUGGACACACCGCUUCGGCCACCAAUCAGCUGAUUAUGCACAGGUAUAAGGCGAAAUCGUCGCAACUACAAUCACCGGUGUCGUCGAAGCGCACAAUGGCCAACGAUGUCCACUGCGCACAGCCUGGAACGAGCAAGGAUAGCAGUUCGGGCGAGAACGGAGGUGUGCACCAUGAUCGUAGGCCAAUAAUUAUACUUGCCGCUCGUGAAGGCCUUGACCAUUGCACUUAUUUCAGAGCCGUCAACACCGAAAUCCGGCCGAAAAUGGAAGAAGACGAAAGCGGUCAAACAGACCAGUAG